AUGGCCGAUCCAAAAGCCCAACCACUAGAAACCAACUCGGCAAUUGACGAGAGUACGGUUGCAGAUUUCAGAGAACACGGCAUCGGCAAACGAACAUGGUACCGGACCGUCUUUUUCCAGGCCACAGUAAUCGGUCUUUGUGCAUUCUUUGCCCCGGGUCUAUACAAUGCUAUGCAGUCAACGGGUGCAGGUGGCCAACAGACUCCCUACCUUGUCAUGUCUGCGAAUGCUGUUCUGGGGGUCAUGAUGGUCUUGACAUGUUCCAUGGGAAGUGUGGUUGCUAACAGAAUUGGCCUCAAGAAUGCCUUGAUCUUUGGUACGACGGGAUAUGCUCUGUACUCAGCGUCACUUUACACAAACAACCGCUACGGCAAUGAGUGGUUUGUGUACGUUGGCUCUGCCGCUUGUGGUAUCACUGCCGGGGUUUUCUGGGCUGCAGAAGGCGCGAUCAUGAUUAGUUAUCCGGAAGACCAGAAACGAGGAAGAUAUCUAGCUUAUUGGCUGGCGUACCGAAAUGGGGGCUCUAUCGUUGGAGGUGCCAUCAACCUUGCAUUCAACGCUACUGGAAAGACGACAGGAAAACUAGACUAUAGGACCUACAUCGUCUUUGUGGCUUUGCAAUGCCUCGGUCCGUUCGUCGCAAUGCUUCUAUCUCCCCCCGAGAAGGUCCAACGGCAGGAUGGAAGAAAGGUGGCAAAGGCUGAGCGGAUUCCCACAGUCUCGGAACUGAAAGCUGUUGCCAAAAUCCUGAUUCGCAAGGACUUCUUGCUGGUUUUCCCCUUUUUCUUCUACGCAACAUUUCUCCUGUCAUAUGCGGGAUCCUACCUCUCCCUAUACUUCUCCGUCCGGUCCCGUGCUUUAGCAUCUCUAGUCUCUGCACUAGCUCAGAUCACUGCCAACUUCAUUUUCGGCAACUUCUUGGACUGGAAGCGUUUCACCAUUAACCAGCGUGCGAAGCUUGCUUACUUCGGCAUAAUGGCCCUAUUUGGGGGAACGUGGGUCUGGGCAAUCGUCAUUCAGCGAGAAUACGGGUUGAAAGCUCCCGCGCUGGACUGGGUUGACAGUGGUUUUGGACGCGGAUGGGCACUUUAUAUCCUUUUGCAGGUUAACUUCGCAUUGGCAUAUAAUUACGGGUAUUGGAUUGCUGGCUACAUGGCGCGUGAUAAUGCCGAAAUUAUCCGAUUUACAUCAACCGUUCGAGCCGUUGAAGCGGCCGGAGGUGCGGUGGCGUCAGGCAUCAGCUCUACGCAUGCCCCACUCAUUGCCGCCGCGAGUGUCAAUUUUGGUCUAUGGGGUCUAGCCCUUAUUCCGACUUAUUCCGCUGUUCGAGCGAUCGAUGCGAAGCCAACAGAAAUCCUCUCUGAGGAAGAGUUGGGGAAAGACGUUUCCGUUUGA